UGAUUCAGUACUCUAAUGGCGGAGUAUCGACCGCAGUACCAGCAAGGUGGUCCAAUGUCUGAGUUUCGCUCGCAGUACGGCCUGCACCAGCAACAAAAGCCGCGUUCUAGGAAGGUGGUGAAGGCGGCGACUGCCGUCACCGUGGGAGGAUCUCUUUUGGUGCUCUCAGGUCUGACGCUGGCAGCGACAGUGAUUGGACUGACGGUGGCGACGCCGGUGCUGGUGAUAUGCAGCCCAGUGCUUGUGCCGGCGGCGAUAACGGUGUUCCUGCUGAUUACUGGGUUCCUAACUUCGGGUGGGCUGGCAGUUGCUGCGGUGUCGGUGUUGUCAUGGAUAUACAAGUACGUGACUGGGGGGAACCCACCGGGUGCGGAGCAGCUCGACCAUGCAAGCUAUAAGCUUUCGGGUAAGGCGAGGGAUAUGAAGGAUAGGGCGGAGCAGUAUGGACACCAGCACCUGUCGGGUGGUGCUCAAGCUUCUUAA